ACCUAGGCCCGAUGAUGAUGCAAGUGGCUAUGGCUCUAAAGCCGCCAUCCUUCCGUAUCCUCAGAAAAAACCCACAACGCUUCCGUACAUCCCCCACCCGAAUCCGUUAUGCUUCUCUUUCCGUUUGGGCUUCCACAGAAAGUUUGGCCGACCCUCCACCUUCCCUUUUCCUUGGUUACUCCACGAGAACCGAUUUUCCAAUUCUCCAUCAGGAAGUCAAUGGCUCAAAACUUAUCUACCUUGAUAAUGCUGCGACUUCCCAGAAGCCUAGUGCAGUUUUGAAGGCUAUACAAUAUUACUAUGAAUCUUAUAAUUCAAAUGUGCAUCGUGGAAUCCAUUAUUUAAGUGCAAGGGCAACAGAAGAGUAUGAGUUGGCCAGAAAGAAGGUUGCAUCUUUUAUCAAUGCAUCAGAUUCUAGAGAGAUUAUUUUUACAAGGAAUGCUACAGAAGCUAUCAAUCUAUUCGCUUUGUCAUGGGGCCUCCAAAACUUAAAGCAAGGAGAUGAGGUCAUCCUUACAGUUGCUGAACAUCACAGUGUCAUUGCUCCAAUGCUAGAUACAGCCAAAAAGACUGGUGCUGUAUUAAAAUAUGUGAGCUUAAAUGAAGAUGGAGUUCCAGAUGUUAAUAUGUUCAAACAAUUGAUGUCCACAAAGACUAAACUUGUAAUUGUUCAUCAUGUCUCAAAUAUGCUUGGUUCUGCUCUUCCAAUCGAAGAUGUUGUAGUUUGGGCUCAUGAUGUUGGGGCAAUAGUGCUUGUAGAUGCUUGUCAGAGUGUUCCACACAUGGUGGUUGAUGUCCAGAAAAUUAAUGCUGAUUUUCUUGUUGCUUCUUCUCACAAGAUGUGUGGGCCUACAGGCAUCGGAUUCCUAUACGGCAAGUACCAUCACUUGUCUGCCAUGCCUCCAGUUUUAGGUGGUGGAGAAAUGGUUGCAGAUGUAUUUCUAGAUCAUUAUACAUAUGCAGAUCCUCCAUCCAGGUUUGAGGCUGGAACACCAGCAAUUGGAGAAGCAAUUGGGUUAGGAGCAGCAAUUGAUUAUCUGUCAGGAAUUGGUAUGCAACGGAUACAUGAUUAUGAGGUAGAGUUGGCAAAAUAUUUAUAUGAAAGCCUCGGUACCGUUCCCGGUAUCAGAAUCUAUGGUCCAGCACCUUCAGAGAAUGUCUAUCGUGCUGCCCUUUGUUCAUUCAACGUUGAAAAUAUUCACCCUACAGAUAUUGCAACUUUUCUUGACCAACAGCAUGGUGUGGCAAUCAGGUCCGGUCACCACUGUGCACAACCCCUCCAUCGCGUUUUAGAUGUCAAUGCCAGUGCACGAGCAAGUCUCUACUUCUAUAACACCAGAGAGGAAAUCGACAACUUUAUUCACGCCCUCAAUGACACAGUCAGCUUCUUCAAUUCCUUCAAGUAGUUCAAUUUUCUGGUACCAGCAUAAAGGAGGAACAAAAGAAUACAUAAAACAGAGGCCGAAGUUGCUAAAAAGUUAGUACAAGUGGCAUGGAAGAGAAUGGAUGUGAAUGAGAUUGGUUAAGAAAAAUGCCAUUGAGUUUGCCAAGGUUUGAAGCAAUAUAGUUUUCUAUGUAUAUGUUUGUAUUUGAGUAGAUAAAUGUAUAAGGAAAUUCCAUGUGUGUGUUUUCAACUUUAUAUAGUUUGCCACCAUACAUUGUAUUCUUUUUCAAGAAAUAAUGUUAGUCAUAUACCAUCGAAAGUAGUAAAGUAUAUACUUAUUGAA